AUGGAUAUGAAAACAAAGUUAGAUGCGUGGCGUUCGUAUGAACAUAUUCGUAAACAUUAUGUUUUAGAAGGUGAUCAAUUACAUUGGUUAGCUGUUUCAUUAUAUGUAUCAUGUAGAAGAUAUAAACAUCUAACAACAAAUCAGAAUAAUCCAAUAUCAAUAUCACGUUUAUUAAAAAGUGCUAAUCAUUUAGAAUUAUUUGUUUUUUUUGAUAAAUUACAUACAUGGGAAGCUAUGGCCAAUUUACCUGAUUCAAUUCGAUCAAAAAUCGAUCAAAUGUGGAACAUGUUUUAA